GAAAAACCACGGCAAGACGAGACAGCGAAUGGCGUACACCGGCAAGCGAGAUUCUUUGUUUAAAUGACAUGAAGUUAUUGGAGAACAAAUCAAUAUGGCUCUCAAGCUGGGAAAAUGUAGACUUUGUCUCAAACUCGGCGACUUCUAUUCCAUCUUUACGGUGGAUAAUAGUGUGCAGUUGGCGGAUAUGGUGAUGGAGUGUGCUCGGAUCAAAAUAUUUGAAGGAGAUGGAUUACCAGAUAAAGUCUGUGCCGAAUGCAUUCAAAAACUCAGUAGUGCAUAUAUUUUUAAACAACAGUGUGAAAGAGCUGAUCAGGAGUUACGCCGAAAUUAUGUACCUCCUCCUGGUUCGAGUUCCACACCAGUGCCACCCACGAGGACCAGUAGUGAUUCCGUUUCCUCCAUCCGCACUGAGGUGACUAACCAAACAAAACCGUCGCAAGCCUCUGAGCCGGACUCUAAUAAAAGAAAUAGUCGGAAACGUAGUCAUGAAAGUCUGGAAAUCGCUUCUGCCAGUAGCAAAUCGACCGAAUUUCGACCCAGCAAUUCAAAACGCGUCGAAGAACUAAAAAGUAGUAACAAGAGGCCUAGGCUAACGGCUAGCAGUUAUUAUAUGGAUUCAGAUUACGAAGACAACAGCGCUUCUCAAUUCUCAGGCGAGACGGACUCUGACGAACCCCUACUAAGAGACGAAUUCAAGUGUAAAGUUUGCGGUCGACAGUUCCCGUCGGCGAAAAGCUUAGCUGCGCACUCCAGGAUUCAUUCGGGCAAAACGAACAAGGCAAAAGAUACCUUUCCUGAAAAUGUAGUAGUUACUAUUCCAAAGAAGAAUAUCCAGGAUGCGACUGAUGUAGAAGACAAAAUUAGCUGCGAUAAAUGCGGAAAGACUUUCAAAUUAAAAAUAAUGCUGAAACGUCACCACGACACAUGCGGAAAGUCCCCGCAAAAGACUUCACCCACGACACCACCCAAGACCAUCCAGAAAGAGUUAUUAAUAUCGCUGGAACCCAUAGACGGUAUUCACGCGAACAGAAUAAAUUGUAGCAUGUGUACAACUACGUUCAAAACUACCGAGAACCUGGAGAAGCACAUGAGAGUGGUGCAUGCAGCUGUGCUGCCACAAGUUAAAACGGAGCCCAAAGCGAGCAACGGAAAGGUCUCCGUGCCUUGUAUUUACUGUAAAAAACCAUUCGACGACUACUAUGUACACAGUGAACAUUUCAGUAAAUGCCCAGAAAGUACUAAUGCUACCACAUUUUCGUGCCCCGUUUGCGAAAAGGUUACAUCAAAAAAGUCAGCAUACUUCAAACACAUUAAGGACAUUCACUUCGAGCCGCGGAUGUGGGCGCUGAAGCCGGACCAGCAGGCGCAGGAGCAGGCGGCGCCGCAGGAGCUGUUCGAGUGCCGCAUGUGCUACAAGCAGCUGGGUACGGAGCAGCUGCUCAUCACGCACCUGGCCGCGCACGUGUCCAACAUUGAGGAGGCCGGUGACGAGUCCAGGCCGAGCACAAUUGAAGAUUCGUCGUCAAUAGUGUCUGACAACAGCGGCGGCGGCCCCCAGAAGUGUAAAUACUGCGAUAAAAGUUUCAAGUACAAGAAAUCGUUAGUAAACCACGAGAUGAAACAUUUUGAACUUGAAAAAACAGAGCAAAUUCAGAAGCAAGAAAAGUGUAUGAACGAAGACACAGAAAUAGAGGCAGAAGGUAACGCGUCGAGCAGCCUAGUGAACGAGUCGUACCGCGAGGAGUCAGAGUCCAGCCAGGAGGAGGGCGACGGCAACACGUGCGACAUAUGCGAGAAGCAGUUCUCGUACCGGCGCCUGCUCGUGCACCACAAGCGCACCAAGCACAACAUGAGCUCCGGCACCAAGCGCUCCAGCGUCGUGCUCAAGAACUGCCUGGUGCGCUGUCUCAUCUGCGACCUAGAGAUGAGCGUGGCCGCGCUCAACGACCACAACAAGAAGCACAUCCAGCAGAACAUGAAGCCGCGCAACCUCUACACCUGCUCCGACUGCGGCGACAAGUUCAAGAGCUGCAACGCUCUGGCGAACCACAUCAAGCUGGUGCACAGGCUCAAGAGACUGCCGCCCAAGCAGUUCGAAGGCGCCGACUUGGCGGAUUUUUGUGAGGUCGUUGUGACGAAAGCGGAACCGCUGGACGAGAUCCAGAGUCACAACGGCUUUGGUGAGGUUCCGGAGGAACAGGGAGGCGAGCCCCUGGUUAAUCUUAGCGGAUUUAACUGUACUAUCUGCGGAAAGAACAUGCCCACUCUAAUUUCUCUGAAGCGACAUGUAAAUUGGCAUUCGAAUGUUGGGAAUAAUUUGGAAAAAAAGCUAGAAUGCUUUGUUUGCAAAGAGACUUUCCGAUUUCAAUGCCACUACAAACUACAUAUGCGUGAGCACUAUCGUGACACCAACCUGGAUCCCACACUGCUCACUUGCACCAUCUGUAAUCGGAAAAGCAAACACUUGAGGGCCGCUCAGGCGCAUAUGAACUAUCACAAACAAACACGGUUUAAGAACAAAGACUACCAGUGUUCCAUAUGCAAACGCGUCUUUCAGUACCGGAAGGUGUAUCUUUCACACAUGGCUAUACACUACAAGCGCGGUGAAAGCCAGAACACGAUAGUAGGUGAUUUACCACCCACGACUGCUGAUAAAGCCGUUUUUGAUGGCACCCAUACUUGCCUUCAUUGUGGAAAAGUCUGUGAUUCUGAGAACUCUUUGAAACAUCAUAUGUCUUGGCACAAAUCGAAGACUUUGCUUUUUGGUGCGCGACACGAAUGCCCAAUUUGCCACGUCAUGUUUACUAAUAAAAAAAGGCAGGAACUACAUACGCGGACACAUUACGAGGACGAUAACGGUCCAUUCAAAUGUACUAUAUGUGGCAAAGGUUACACAGAUGAAGAUUAUUUCCGCAGGCACGUGAAAGGUCACAACUUCGAUCACCAGUCUCACAAGGAUAGGAUAGCUCGACUUCGAAAGGACAAGGUGAAGUGUCCUAUCUGCGUGCGCUACUAUCCCGACUUGGUGAAGCUGAUCCGGCACCUGCGGCGCACGCACCCCGAGAGCAAGAUGGUGAAGCAGGACCCGGACGCGCCCGCGCCGCGCGUCUUCUCCUGCAAGCUGUGCGCCAAGACCUUCCGCGACGAGCGCCGCCUGCGCCACCACGAGGACUCGCAUUUGCGCAAGCCCGAGUUCUUCAAGUGCAAGUUCUGCGGCAAGAAAACUAUUUCGCUCAAGAAUCAUAAUGUGCACAUUAAAGGACAUCUCACUUCCAAACAAGUCGACAAUCCAUUUAAAUGCCCUCAGUGCGAUGAAACAUUCAUUAAAGGAUACGAUUUGCACCACCAUUUGAGAGAUGUGCACGACAUUAAUGAAACGUGGAUUGCCGAUCGCAACGAGCAAACGCUAAACGGGCCAUUGAAAGAAUUUCAAUGCUCGAUAUGCCUCAAAAUACUCGCAAGUAAGGGUAACUAUGAGAGGCACUUGGAUUACCACAAUUCACUGAGAUGCAACUACUGCUACGACUAUUUUAGUUCGCUGAGGUUCCUGGAAGGACACUUGACUUUUAGUUGUGACAAAAAGAAGUUGAUUGGUGACACUGAAAUAUAUCCGAGGAAAAUUAAAUGUUACGUCUGUUACAAACCUUUCCAUUUACAAGUGAAACUGGAUUGCCAUUUGCGCACACAACACGGUAUAAAAGUGUCUAAGGAGGCUUCAAAGAGCAAAAAAGAUCUUGUUUGUGAUUAUUGCUUCAGAGUAUUCGAAAACCUUGAUGCUUUGACUGGACAUAAAGUUUAUCAUCGUACAGUUGGUUAUUACGGAUGCAUAUAUUGCAAACGAAAAUUCAACACUUUGACUCUUUACAGAAAACAUAAGAACCACCACUUUGCUCAGCUAAAUGUCGAUAACCCCACCAAAUGCGAACACUGCGACGAGACUUUCGUCGCAUUUCGAGAAAUGAUUUACCACAUGAGAGACGUGCACGGAGAUGACAAGGAGUGGAUCAUAAUGCCAAAGGAAUCUAUCGAGGAAACGUGCCCCAUCUGCGGUAAGGUGUUCUUCAACCUGCACCGGCACCUCGACUACCACGAGACGAACCGCUGCAAGAAGUGCGGCGAGUACUUCUACUCGCGCACCGACUUCGACAACCACCUGUGCGCCAUCGAGAGUGACGACGAGGCGGCGGCGGACGCGAACCUGGAGCUGCGCCCCAAGUACGAGGAGUGCCGCUUCUGCUUCAAGCCCAUCACCCGAAAGAGCUCCAAGGCGAAGCACGACGGUAUACACAAGGGUUCUGGCUCUAUUUCCUGUAGGUUCUGUUCACAUAAAUUUAAAACGAUGGACGCUUUCAACAUUCAUGCGUUUUCUCAUCGCAACCGCAAAUACAGAAAAAAUCCAUUGAAAUGUCGUAAAUGUGGAGAAAAAUUUAUUCAAUAUGGACCCUUCAUAAAGCACAUGAGAGGGGUACAUAAGUUCGUGCAAAAAAUGCACUACCGGGCGACCGUCAAAGCGGAACCCUGCGUGGUGUGCGGAGACGAGUUCCCCAACCUGCACAAUCACUACCGUGCGCAUUUGCAGAAUCAGUGUACCUCGUGUCUCAAGUAUUUCACAUCUGCCAAGGUGUAUGCCGAACACGAGUGCGGUAAGGAGGACUCCGAUCCUACCAAAGUGUUUACGUGUGACGCGAACUUGCCGCUCCUGAUCAACACCUAUGUUCCAAAGGACGAACAGGAUGAACAAAAAUAUUACGGUUACGGCGACGAGGAGGAAGAGGAAUAUAGCGGGGUGCGGCUGCAGGGCCACAUUAUGGACGAGGAAAGUCAGAAUUCGAACGAGAAUGAACACUUCCGGUUGCAGUGUCCCAUCAUAUCGGACGUGCUGUCGCUGUACCAGACGCAGGACUUGGCGCAGGCGCCGUCGCGCGCGUUGUCCGACCCCGAAGUCAUCGACCUGUCCGACGACGACGUGGGUUGCGUCGACGACCAAGCCACGUGUCCCACAAUUACCAUUGACGAUUAAUAACUCUCGUUACCCACGUGUAACUAUACAUAUGAUUUUCAAGACUAUGGACACGAAGGGAGUUUUAGGGUUGUGUGCACUGUGGCUGUGCUACAUGAUGCCAUGAAGCUUAUGAAAUAUUGCUCGUCAUCUCGCAAUUUGGCUCUAAUGUUUUUAUUUGUUGUCCAGACAUGGUCCGAUGUUGAUGCUGAUUUUUAAACGUAUAUACGUCCAUGUAGGGAUAUCCGACCGUGCGUAUAUUAUAACAUUAUAAGGUAAUCGCAAAAUUAAUCAUGUUUAACAGAAAAUUGUAUGUACAUGUACAGUCGACGUCAAAGAUAUGUUUACACCUUACUCCUUUGUAAUAAUUAAAGGUGAAAAAAUUAAAAAAUAUCUUUGACGUCGACUGUACCUUAUUAAUCGUUAGUCAAUACUUUUAAUGAAAAAGGUUUUUCUGGUACUCAUGUCUGUACAAGUUAAAGGUACCCAAUAUUAUUGAAUGCAUAAAACAUUGCCUUUUUUAUAAACCAGUUUUUUUAAUAAUACAGAUUAAAAUGACAUUUACGAUUGUCUACACACAAACAAAGUAGGCAGCUUAAUACUGUUGUUAUUGAUUCCGUUUAUAUACUUAUGAUGUAACGACUAUAUGCCUCUAAACGAGAUAAAUGAAAAUAAAUAAAUAUUUAGUAAUGAAUUGGUGGAAGUAAAUUAGAAACAAAUAAA